AUGCUGCCUUCAGUCGGCCCUGAUGGAAUUCCUUUGCAGAUGCCUGCAGAUGCUGGAAAUGAAGGGUUUUUCGAGGUCCCAGGCACUGACGGUGGUAUCCUCAAGAAGAUUCUCCGCGAGGGAAAGGGGGACGCCACACCUGCUCCUGGGAACAUGGUAUCAGUGCACUACACAGGGACUUUGCAGUCGGAUGGGUCCAAGUUCGACAGCUCGAGGGACAGGCCUGGAACAUUCGAGUUUCAAGUCGGGAUCGGACAAGUGAUCAAGGGCUGGGAUCAGGGCAUCGUGGGGAUGAAGCGAGACGAGUUGUGCAUCCUAAGAUGCCGGUCUGACUAUGCUUACGGUGCUUCUGGAAGCCCGCCCAAGAUCCCUGGAGGAGCCACCCUUGACUUUGAGGUCGAGCUCUUCGAUUGGUGGGAGAAGGAGAAGGACAUCUGGGAGAUGUCAACACAAGAGAAAGUUGAAAAGGCAGAAAAGUGCAAAGACGAAGGAAACACCAAGUUCAAGGCUGGACAGUUUGAUUCCUCCAUCGUGAGCUAUGACAAGGGACUUUCAUAUGUAAAGGACAUCUUUGAUGACGUUGGUGGAGGACUUCCCGAAGAUGCUGUCCUUGCUCAGCCUGUUGCCGUUGCUCUCUCCCUCAAUGUCGCACAGGCCAAGUUGAAAGGCAAUGGCGACCUCAAGUCAGCGAUCGAGGAUUGCAACUUUGUAUUGAAGUUGGAUCCAAGCAAUACGAAAGCUUUCUUCCGCCGCGCUCAGAUCCACACCAAGAAAGCUGACUUCCAGAGCGCAAAGGGCGACUUGCAGAAGCUUCUUGAGAUCGACCCCAAGAACUCCGAUGCCGAGGCAGAGCUCAAGCGCGUUACAGUCAAUGAGGCCAAGGCCAUGAAAGCGGAGAAGGCAAUGUUCUCCAAGAUGUUCUCGUAGGUCCCGGUGGGACACUUCGGAUUGCCUCUUACGGCAGCGCUGUUCGAAAUAAUGGACUCUGGUCUGUCGCUGGUUUGAGGGAAGCCAAGAUCAUGCAGACGAAGGCAGAGUGUUUGAUUUCGACGUCGUUGAGUUUUGAAACCUCCUCCAAACUUU